AAUGCGUAUCCGCGGGUGGGCCCACAGGUAGGCGGAAGUGGUAGGUGUUAUUGUCGGAAGUGGCGAGAGAGAGAGAUUGUGAUGGCGGCUGCGAUUUUAGCUGAGAAGGUGCCGGUGGACAGCGCGGAGGAGAGGGAGCAGCCCCUGGCGGCUGCCGCAGAGCUGGCUGCCCAGAAGCGCGAACAGAGACUGCGCAAAUUCCGGGAGUUGCACCUGAAGCGGAAUGAAGCUCGUAAAUUAAAUCACCAGGAAGUUGUUGAAGAAGAUAAAAGACUUAAGUUACCUGCUAACUGGGAAGCCAGAAAAGCUCGUCUAGAAUGGGAGCUACAGGAAGAAGAAAAGAAGAAGGAAUGUGCAGCUAGAGGGGAGGACUAUGAGAAAGUGAAGCUGCUGGAGAUCAGUGCAGAAGAUGCAGAAAGAUGGGAGAGGAAGAAGAGGAGGAAAAACCCCGACCUGGGGUUCUCAGAUUAUGCUGCUGCCCAGUUACGCCAGUAUCAUCGGCUGACCAAGCAGAUCAAACCUGACAUGGAAACCUAUGAGAGACUGAGAGAAAAACAUGGAGAAGAGUUUUUCCCAACAUCCAACAGCCUUCUUCAUGGAACACACGUACCUUCCACAGAAGAGGUUGACAGGAUGGUCAUGGAUCUGGAAAAACAAAUUGAAAAACGAGACAAGUAUAGCCGGAGACGUCCUUAUAAUGAUGAUGCAGACAUCGACUACAUUAAUGAAAGGAAUGCCAAAUUCAACAAGAAGGCAGAAAGGUUCUAUGGGAAAUAUACAGCUGAAAUUAAACAGAAUUUGGAAAGAGGAACAGCAGUCUAAUCCCUUUAGAAACUGUUUUCAGAAGCUUGAGAAUGCUGGGAAAUUGAAGUUCUCUUCAGAUUUCUACCAGGAAACCAGGACUCCUGUCUAUUAUGCCUUCCCACUCAGCAUUUAGAAAUAAAUGCUUUUUCUUAAACGUA